GAUCUCCCCCUACCCCCACACCACAGGUACCUGCUCUCCUCCUCCUCCUCCUCCUACUCCUCCUCAUUCUUCUGCUUGUCUUCGGUGUUCGUUCGCUCGCUCGCUCGCUGUUUCGGUGCGCGUGUGCUCUCGCGCGCCUGCGCCUGAGCUGAGAGGGAGACCUUCUUCUUCCGUUCUGGUGUGGAGAUCUGCCGGCACCCCCCCGGGUUUUAGGGUUUCGUCGGUCGAGGCGAUGGCGUCGAAGCGGAUCUUGAAGGAGCUCAAGGAUCUCCAGAAGGAUCCUCCCACCUCUUGCAGCGCCGGCCCAGUUGCUGAAGACAUGUUUCACUGGCAAGCAACAAUUAUGGGUCCGCCAGACAGUCCAUAUACCGGGGGAGUCUUUCUUGUUACUAUUCACUUUCCACCAGACUAUCCAUUUAAACCACCAAAGGUUGCAUUCAGGACGAAAGUCUUUCACCCCAAUAUCAACAGUAACGGUAGCAUUUGCCUUGACAUAUUGAAGGAGCAGUGGAGCCCUGCCCUCACCAUUUCGAAGGUGUUGCUCUCAAUCUGUUCGCUAUUGACGGACCCGAAUCCUGAUGACCCUUUGGUGCCGGAAAUCGCGCACAUGUAUAAGACCGACAGGGUCAAGUACGAGGCCACUGCCAGAAGCUGGACCCAGAAGUAUGCGAUGGCCUAGGAUGUCGCCGUGUGCGACUCCAGGAGGGAGGGAGGGUUUCGUGUCUCUGCGACUUUGGUCUUGCAGUUUCUAUGUGUUUGUGAAAGACCGUAAUUCAUCUUCGCCCUUAGACCAGAACAAACGGUGUCUGAAAAAUUACCCUCCCGACAACACACAUGCUCUGCCGCUUUCCAAUUGUUUGUAUGUUAAAUAAGUAUUUCUAACUGUGGAUACUUGUUUCAAUUCCCUUACAGUGAUUAAGUUAAACUGUGAUUACCAAA